AUGGAAGGUACGUCUCUUGAUCAAUCUAGUUUCACAAAACCUAUUAAUGAAGAACCUCAUGUGAGACCGGAAAUGGUUCUUAAAAAUUUUGCAAAAGAAUAUAAAACUCCACCUCAAGAUGGUUAUCAAACGUUUAUUAGUGGUUUAGGUAAUUUUUUUGGAGCUUUUGGUAUGUAUGGUUGUAUUUGUUCAAAUCCAAUGAGGAAAGUCGAUCAAGGUGAAGUUGGUUUAGUUCAAACAUUUGGUAGAUUAUCAAGAGCUGUUGAACCAGGUUUAAAUUAUGUAAAUACUUGGUCCGAAAAAUUAACAAGAGUUUCAAUUAAAAUUAAUAUUAGAGAAAUUCCCGCGCAAAAAUGUUUUACGAGAGAUAAUGUGAGUGUUAUUGUUACAUCAGUUGUUUAUUAUAAUAUAAUUGAUCCACAAAAGGCGAUUUUUACCAUUUCAGAUAUUCAUGAAGCAAUUGCAGAAAGAACUCAAAAUACUUUAAGAGAUGUUAUUGGUGGUAGAAUUUUACAAGAUGUUGUUGAAAAAAGAGAAGAAUUGGCAGAAUCAAUUCAACAUAUUAUUGCGAAAACUGCUUUUGAUUGGGGGGUUAAUAUUGAAUCAAUUUUAAUUAAAGAUUUAACGUUACCUGAUAAAGUUCAAGCAAGUUUAUCAAUGGCAACUGAAGCUAAACGUAUUGGUGAAUCUAAAAUUAUUACUGCAAAAGCUGAAGUUGAAUCUGCUAAAUUAAUGAGAAAAGCUGCUGAUAUUUUAGCAUCACCAGCUGCAAUGCAAAUUAGAUAUUUAGAUGCUUUACAAGGUAUGGCAAAGAAUCCUGGUACAAGAGUUAUAUUUAUGCCAUCAGCUCAUGAAGUUGAAAGAGCUGCAACUGCAAAUAUACCAAAGGGAACUACUUAUAAGGAAGUAGAAGAAGGAGAAGAAGAAGAAUUGGGACAUACAUCAACUGGUAAUAGACAUAUUACUGACACAUUAGCUUUACAAGAAGCAAUGCACCAAGGUUAA